CCCACGUCCAUCUGCAGCUAUCAGUGGUGACCUCAGGACUUUUCUCCGUGGCAACGGGGGGUCCCUCCCCGUCCCCAAGCCCAGCCCUAGAGCCUGGGUAUAUAGUCGCCAGCACCCUACCACGCACUUGCGUUUCAGACCUGCCCACUCGUCACUUUGUUGCUUCGAGAUUCGGCCCUGUAGUGUCAUGCAGCCGUCUGUACGAUUGUGACGAUUCCUUCACUUCUCGUGCCUGCUUUCGGUCUCUUGCUUCACAGCUCGCCACUGAGGCUCCCCCGCGCCGCGAUGGCUCUCGUGGACAAGCUUGUGCUCAAUGCACGCGACCUGCCAACCAGUCUGUGGCUGCUCCUCGCAACGGCAUCGGCGGCCACUUUGAUCAAGGUGUUCUGGCGACCCAGCAUACCCAAGAAUGCUCCAAAAUGGUGGAAAAAAGGUGACUGGCCGGUGCUCGGCGCGAUCCGUUUCUACUCGGCCCGCGCAGACUUCAUGUUGGAGGCGAUGAAGCACACACCAGGUGGCAACUUCACCUUCUACAUCGGCAAAAAGCAGAUUGUGGCCGUCACGGGCGAGGAGGGGCGCAAGACAUAUUUCGACAAUAGAGAGCUGGGCUUUGCCGAAGGGUUCGCCGAGCUCCUGACCGGCCAGCCCCAAGCCCCCGCCGAGAUGGAUCACUUCAACCAGUGGUUUGGGAAGACCCUCAACGCCAUGCUCAAGAAGGGCCAGCUGUACAAGAACCUCGGCUCUCUCACCGGCGACACCAGGACCAUGUUUGAAUCCCUCGGCCGGGCACAGCCCUGUGCGGCGAACCCAGAGUGGAGGACGAUGGAUCCAUUCUACCACCUCUACCGCACCGUCUACCGGUUGACCAUGCGGACAGUCGGAGCAGAGGAAAUCGCCGAGGACCCCAAUCUGUUUGAGGCGACGCUUGAAAAUUUCGAGAAGUUCGAAAGCCUCGCUUCCACCACCAGAGUCAUCUUCCCGUGGCUGCCCACACCCAACCACGUCCGCCGUAUGUACAAGGGCGCGCGCCUGGCCAUGGUCUUCCGAAGCAUCAUCGACAAGCGGGUAGCCACCGGCAAGACCCGUGACGAUGCCAUUCAGUAUCUGAUAGAACAGGGCACCAGUUUCAGGAACACCAUUGCUUUUGUCAUUGGCGCCUUAUUCGCCGGCCUGCUCAACAGCGGCAUCAACGCGGGCUGGAUCCCCAUCUUCCUUGCGCAGAACCCGGAAUGGAAGGAGCGCGUGCGCAAGGAAGUCGACGGCGUGGUCGCCAAGAAGCGCAAGACGCCCGACCAGUCCCCCGCCGAUGUGCUGGACACUUUGACCAUCGAUGACUGGGAGUCCGAGUUCCCCCUCGCGGACCUGUGCCUGCGGGAGUCCAUCCGCUUCGCCAUGCCCGGCGCCUCGUUCCGCAAGAACACCUCUGGCCAUGACAUCGAGAUCGGCUCCACGGGACAGGUCAUCCCGCCCAACGCGUUUGCGACGUACCUGCUCGACGACACGCACUUCAACGACGAAAUCUACAGUGAUGCGCUCAGGUUCGAUCCCGGGCGGUUCCUCGAAGGCCGCGCGGAGGACAAGAAGACCACGCACGGGUACUUGGGCUGGGGCGUUGGCCGCCACCCUUGCCGUAAGUCUUUUUUUGUGUUUUCCCUUUUGCUGCAAAUGAGAGAUUCCAAAACACGCCGAUCGAACUAGCAUGACUGUUCCGUGGCACACUCCCACCUACCGCCCAUAAUCCUCUUCCCCGCCCUAUAUGAUCGCUCGGCUCUCCCAUGUUGGCGCGAAAGUAAAAAAGGAAACCGAAGGAUGUAAAGCUAACCCGUAAACCCCACCCGCAAACAGUGGGAAUGCGCUUCGCCAAGCUCGAAAACGCAUUCAUCCUCGCUUACCUCGUCGCCAUGUACGACUACGAGCUGGCAGCCGACCAGGAGGGCAACCCAGCCACGAAACCCGCGCCCAUGCCCGAUCGGCAGCUGAACGCGGCCCAGAAGCCGCGGGAGGCGAUCUGGCUGCGGUAUCGGCCAAGGACCGACAUUGUUGGUGCCA